GGAGGUCAACGUGAUGUUUUGUUCCAAUGUGAACUUGUUCGUCUGUGCUGCGCGGCUUCGUUUUUGAAUCGAAUGAAUGUUGUCUUUUUACAAGAUAAUAAAUGGCCUCCAGUUCUCAAAUCUUUUGACUGUUUAAUGUUGCAAAAUCGUUUAACAAAGGCUAAAGAAGGAAAACAAUGCAUUGAUUUGUACUGCUAUAAAUAAGAGUAUCACAAGAUGUUUGUUCUUCAUAAAAGGACAACUGUAAGUUUUUCUGCAAUGUACUUUGUCUACAAUAUAUAAAUUUCAGCAGUUAUUGGUCUGUUGCUUUAUUUCACAGCUUUCUUGUAUUUGUACACGCCAAUGUAAGUUUCAACUUGGAGGGUUGGCUCUUGCCCAGUUGUUGCCAAGUGCUAUUUUAGUAAUGCAAGUUUAUUUAUAAAGGACAGUUAAACGAGUAAGAAAGUGUUCACAUGAAACUUCUAAAAGUCAAAGCAGCAUAGAGGGGAGGGGGAAGUAAAAAUUGACCUAAAGUGUUUAAAAUCUGAGCUGAUUGAGUGCAAUAAGUAGGAUGCAAUCAUUCAACAAAUGCAGAGCUAAAUGGAUGUUUUCAGUCUGAAUGUAACUGAUGGUUGGUGUAUCUGAUCUCUACUGGACGCUGGUUCCAACUGUGGGUGUUAGAAUGGCUAAAAAAACGACUCUCCUUGUUUUGCGUGAAUCCUUGGUGUUUCUAACUGACUUCAUAACGACCAGUUGUUUUAAUAUGAAAUCCCACCACAGUGAUGGGGGGUGGGAUAAAAUGGUGUUCAAUUGAUGGGUUGCAGAUAGUCGGGAACAAAUGCAAAGAUUAAUUAAUCUGCUGAUGUCCGUAUAUUUUGGUGCAAUUAAUUUGUUAGUUAAAAGAAGCAGAUGCCAACAUGGACAGGCUGCAUGAUAUAUCCUCGGCGUGUGAAACAGGAGCUGCACAUGGAUACUGAGGGCUUCGGGGAGCUCCUGCAGCAGGCAGAACAGCUGGCAGCAGAGACUGAGGCCGUGUCCGAGCUGCCCCAUGUUGAGCGAAACCUACAGGAGAUCCAACAAGCAGGAGAGCGACUACGUUCCCGCACUCUCACCAGAACCUCUCAAGACACAGCUGACGUAAAAGCCUCCAUCCUCUUGGGCUCUCGGGGUCUUGACAUCUUCCAUAUCUCUCAGCGUCUUGAGAGUCUCAGUGCUGCCACUACAUUUGAGCCUCUUGAGCCAGUCAAGGACACUGAUAUUCAGGGCUUUCUGAAGAACGAGAGAGACAAUGCACUGCUGUCAGCCAUCGAGGAAUCACGCCGCAGGACAUUUUUGCUGGCGGAGGAGUACCACAGAGACUCUAUGUUGGUGCAGUGGGAGCAGGUGAAGCAGAGAGUGUUGCACACCCUGCUGGGAGCUGGAGAGGAUGCACUGGACUUCAGCCAGGAAGUGGAGCCCAGUUUCGUGAGUGAGGUCGGAGUUCCAGGACGCAGUGCACUGAACAAUGUGGAAGUUGCCUACAGCCGACAGAUCUAUAUCUUCAAUGAGAAGAUAGUAAAUGGGCAUCUUCAACCCAACCUGGGAGAUCUCUGUGCCUCAGUAGCAGAAAGCCUGGAUCAUAAGAACGUGUCAGACAUGUGGCUCAUGGUGAAGCAGAUGACAGACGUUCUGUUGGUGCCAGCAAAGGACACGCUGAAGUGCAGAGUGUCUGUGGACAUGCAGAUGGCCUUCGUCAGACAAGCCCUGCAGUUCCUGGAGAACAGCUAUAAAAAUUACACUAUGGUCACUGUAUUUGGGAAUCUGCAUCAGGCUCAGCUGGGUGGAGUACCUGGCACUUAUCAGCUCGUAUGCAGCUUCCUGAACAUCAAGCUGCCGACCCCGCUGCCAGGCAUGCAGGACGGUGAGGUGGAGGGACAUCCAGUGUGGGCUCUGAUCUAUUUCUGCCUGCGUUGUGGAGACCUGUCUGCCGCCAUGCAGGUGGUGAACAGGGCACAGCAUCAGCUGGGCGACUUUAAGAUUUGGUUUCAGGAAUACAUGAACAGCCCCGACCGACGUGGUGAGACCCAUUUCUCGGCCAGCCACCAGCCAUUCCUGUACUUCCAGGUGCUUUUCCUGACUGCACAGUUUGAGGCGGCUAUAGCGUUCCUUUUCCGAGUGGAGCGUCUGCGCAGCCAUGCCGUUCACGUAGCUCUGGUGCUGUACGAACUCAAACUGCUGCUCAAAUCAUCGGGCCAGAGCGCACAACUCUUGAGUCAAGAAGCUGGAGAUCCUCCAAUGGUGCGAAGGCUCAACUUCAUCAGGCUGCUUAUGCUCUACACCCGCAAGUUUGAGUCCACAGACGCACGAGAGGCCCUGCAGUACUUCUACUUUCUCCGGAAUGAGAAGGACAGUCAAGGAGAAAACAUGUUCAUGCGCUGUGUCAGCGAGCUAGUCAUCGAGAGUCGGGAGUUCGAUAUGCUUCUUGGAAGACUCGAAAAAGAUGGAAGCAGAAAGCCCGGCGUGAUCGACAAGUUCGCUGGAGACACGCGGGCCAUCAUUACCAAGGUGGCCUCAGAGGCUGAGAACAAGAGGUUGUUUGAGGAGGCCGUCAAACUGUACGAGUUAGCCAAGAACGCUGAUAAGGUUCUGGAGCUGAUGAACAAAUUGUUGAGUCCAGUUAUCGCUCAAGUUAGCGAGCCCCAGUCCAACAAAGAGCGACUCAAAAACAUGGCAGUGGCUAUUGCUGAACGGCACCGUACUAACGGUAUAGCUGGGGAGAAGUCUGUGGACAGCACCUUCUACCUGCUUCUGGAUCUCAUGACGUUCUUUGAUGAGUACCACGCCGGCCACAUAGACCGAGCUUACGAUGUGAUUGAGAGGCUAAAGCUGGUUCCCUUAAGUCAGGACAGUGUGGAGGAGCGGGUUGCUGCAUUCAGAAACUUCAGCGAUGAGAUAAGACACAAUUUGUCAGAGGUUCUGUUGGCCACAAUGAAUAUCCUGUUCACACAGUACAAGCGUCUAAAGGGGGCUGCAGCAGGUACGCCGGGAAGACCUCAGCGUACCCUAGAGGACAGAGACAUGCUGCUGCGCAGUCAAGCCCGGGCUCUGAUCACGUUUGCGGGAAUGAUUCCGUAUCGGAUGGCUGGAGAUACCAAUGCCAGACUGGUUCAGAUGGAGGUCCUAAUGAACUGAAACUCCCCCCUUGACCCUUCUCCAGCAGCUCUCUUUCAUUGUCCUCAUUCCAUCAUUACUUUUGUCAACUUAUAUUUGUAUUUUUUUCCAUUAUUUGAAAUAAAAAAAAUGAAAUUGA